AUGAUUCCAGGACGUAUGAUUCUGGGUAUCCUUCUCGGCGUCAACAAUAAGAUCUUCAAUGUUCAAUGGUCUCACGACAAAGGCAUCCCCGAACAGCAUGUAAACUACACACUUAUUACGCUGAUGAUUGGUGACGAUAACGGUGCAAGUGGUAAUCAACCAGCUAUUGAACUCUUCGAUGACAAGGGAAACGCCCUGGGAACUCGCGCAACCCGAUCCCAUGACACGGUCUCGAAAAACAACUAUCUUGACGAUCACAUUUACAAGAUCCAACACGACUUGCACCAGAACCCAAUGGAAACCCCGAAGUAUGCAGUUAUCUAUCAGUGGAGUUCUGAUGCUAUUUGUGUCUCAGCUAUGCAAUUUUCCAACGGCAAAUUCUCCGCUGUCUUCUAUGGCGACAUUGGUGCCUUUUGCGGCCAGAGCUGGUUCUUCAGUCGACGCCGGCUGAGCGCGCAACAACCGCAUCCAAAGUGCGUUUGGCUCGACGCGGAUCAUACUGUUGGCUUUAACGCGCGGACAAUGAGCUUUCAUCUCAACGACAUGCUUGGAACUCCCGACAAGGUGAAAAUGUACCAAGAAAAUGGAGACUACCUUUGCAAAAGUACCCCACGCUUCGCGUAUUGGAGAAACCUGUGGCAGAAUUCGCAGGUGCCUGUCUUCAGGCCUCCUCUGGAAUACGAGAUCGACGCAAUCACCGGGUUGGAAGGUAGAGACAAGGACCCGAAACUAGCCAUUGACACGAUUAACUGGGACAAGAUGGCUUACACAGAUCCUCAACCAAUCCCUGAAGCCAAGCCGAAACGGUCUUUGUCAUCCGCUGAACGAAACAUCCAGAGGGCGAAGGUAUCAAAGAGGUCAGGUACAAACAUGGAUAUUAGCCGCCUCAUUGUUACCAGAGCAGAAGGACACGAGGCUUCAUUGGUCUGCAACAGUACUUCGUCGUAUGGAUACGAUGUUGUCUCGCUCCGAGAGAAAACAUACUGCGACAUGACUGUUAAGCGACUCUACAAUCUCUGUGGCGACAUAUAUAAAAACAACUGCUUUGAUGUGGAGAGGAUUGUUCUUGUUGGUCAUGGUGGGAUCAAUGCUCGGGGCGAGGUGUCUGCCAUUGGUGUCCCUCAAAAGCGUUACGAGACAGCAGACCUUUGGGAAGAGUAG